AUGAUUUAUUUAUAUAUUAAAUAUAAAGAGCAAAUCUUUAGACUUAAUUUGGAAUUUCUUUAUUUACUAAUUCUUAUACAAAUAUCAAAUGUAAUAACUUCUAAUAUAUAUUAUUCAAGUUCUCAAGUACUUAGUCAAUUAACAAAUCCAACAAAUAUAGAAAUUGAACAACUUACAGAUUAUCCUUAUAUUCAACCAGAAUUCAUAAUAGCUGGAUAUGAUACACCAUUUAUUAGGGAACCCAUAAAUUCUUCUAAACAUAUAUAUAAUAAUAAAGAUAAUAUUAAUAAAACUAAUAAAAUAAAGAAUAAGCGAGAUAAUUACCAAUUAGUUAAAUAUUUUAGGAAAGAACAAAAAGAAUUUGAAAAAAUUGAGAAACAAAGACGUAGAAAUGAAGAAGAUAAAAAGAAGUAUUUAGAAGAUUUUAAAUCUGAAUAUAAAUAUCAAGAUUCAGCUAAACAUAUUGUUGAAAGUUUUGUAAGAUCAUCUAAUACACCAAAAAAAGAUAUUAAAAAUAUGAAUAAUGAAAUUAUAAGAAAAUAUCAAUCUACAAAUAAAACAAAACAUCAAGAUGUAGACAUUCCAGUUUCAUUGGCUUCAAAUAUAAAAAUAUCAAAUGAAAAGGUUAAUUUCAUGAAGAUAAAUCAUAAUAGAAUUCAUUAUGCAACUGGAGAAACACGGCAUACUUCUAAUUUUUACGAUAUUAAUUCUAAUUGUUAUUGGACAAAAAGAAAUAAAGGAUUUGUUUGUCUAACAAUUAAUGAAUUAAAGUCAUUAAAUCAUAUUGAUCCCACUAUAUCUGUUGCAUUUGACUCUUCAAUAUAUUCACAUCAUCCACAACCUUAUGGUAAUGAUCAAGAAUGUGUUACAACUCAUCGUGAUACACGUAGUGUAAAUAGAGUUUGUACUAGAUAUGGAGGACAUAUAUCUAAAAAGUCUAAAGAUGAACAAGAAAAAGAUAGUAAUUAUAUAUUAAUAACCUAA